ACGGACUCAGUCCUCCAGCGAACUCCACACCGAGGACUUGUUGAUCCAGUGUAGACUUACCUACCCGAGCGGUAGCUGAUCCUACCCGGCCGAGGUGCAAAGGCGUUCCAGGCGAGCCUAGCCAGGACGCAAACGUUUUAGUGCCGAAGAUCAGAUUAUCGCCAACAAUAUGAAAGCCUGUACGAUAAUAACGUUAGUGUUUGUGGCGAGCUCAUCGUAUAAAGCUGUCGAGGCGUGGGGUGGCCUCUUCAACCGUUUCAGCCCCGAAAUGCUGUCUAACCUCGGCUACGGCAGUCACGGAGGUUACAUGAACCGUCCUGGGCUAUUGCAGGAAGGAUAUAACGGCAUAUACGAAGGAGGCGAAUCCACAGAAGAACCUUGUUACGAGAGAAAAUGCGUGUACAAUGAUCAUUGCUGCCCAGGUUCUAUUUGCGUGAAUAUCGAUGGAGUUGUUGGAACAUGCGUCUUCGAUUUCGGUAUGAAGCAAGGCGAACUCUGCAGGAGGGAUAGCAAUUGCGAAACUGGCUUGAUGUGCGCGGAAAUGCCUGGACGCGAAACAAAAUCGUGUCAGCCGCCGACUACUUCGAAUAAAUUAUACAAUGAAGAAUGCACUAUGUCAGGCGAGUGUGACAUCAGCCGUGGGCUGUGCUGUCAACUGCAAAGGCGACACCGACAAACUCCCAGAAAGGUUUGCUCGUAUUUCAAGGACCCUCUAGUCUGCAUCGGCCCGGUGGCGACAGAUCAGAUCAAGUCCGUGAUCCAGUACACCUCCGGCGAGAAACGGAUCACCGGACAAGGCAACCGUCUGUUCAAGCGGAUGCCGUUCGCCUAAACGCACGCUCGUCGUACCUGGCAGCACGACAGAGGGGAAGUAUAUAGUAUAAGAUAAGCUACGAGAAAAUCAAAUCCUCCUUUAGUCGUUGUGAAGAUAACUUAGAUCUAAGUCUGUCGAUUCGACAUUAUCUGGAUCUCCUUCCUAGUCCUGACACUCCUCUACGCCAAUAAUACACCGGGAAAUAUUGCGAUAGUAAAGUAAGAACCAUGCGAUAAAAAAAAAAAAAGAUGAAACUAUAAGUGUUACUCGGGGAGGUGUUACUUCGAGGCUGUUUCUUCUUCGGAUACAACACGACUGAAGAAUCCGCAACACAUAUCAUAGUAACCCGUCUCAUAGGUCUCUAGAAAUAAGGGACACGCUAGCGUAGUCGUGAUAAAGAAGAAGAGCGCGCUGAUGAAUAAGAGCGCCGUUCGAUACGAAGAUGUUUCUUAUUGAUUUAGGGGUAAGGUAUAUAUGGGGACGUUUGAGAGAAAAGUUUCACUAGACGGUUGGUUUGUCUACCAGUCUACCGAUUGAGCUUUCCUUUCGAAUUAUAGUAAAAGAUUAGUGGAUCACUUAUAACUGUUCGUGAUAAGUCGUGGUUAUAGUGAUAAGUAUAAUAAAUGAGGCGGAAAGGCGUGCACAAAAGAAGAUAAAGUCUUUAUUAUCGUCGCGGUAUUGACACUGACAAUUUUCAUUUCUAUUGCUUAACUGUACUUUCAUCAAGCUAAUCUAUAGAAUCUAUCGAUCAGCAAAGUUCUAUCUUUCAAAAAAAAAAAACAGUAUAAUAAUAUACGUCCAUAUAUAAUGUCCAUAAUGACUGCUGAUACAAUAUUAUUGCAAACGAAAUUUUUUUUAACAAUGUAAGAAAUUUCAAUACUAAUACCGCGAACGAUAACGUUUAUAAGAAUCGACUAUUGAUCGAAUCUGUGUUUUUUAGCUGCAUUUUUAGCUGCACUUGCUUGUGUAGUCUAUACGUACUUUACAGUGGCGUGUAUACGAUAAAGUUUUAUCGUGAAUAUUUCUUUCAAAACUUAUCAAAAUAAUUUAUAUAUUGACACAAAUAAACAUAAUCUACUACGUAUAAAUUAUGCACAUUUACACAAGGAGAAAUCACUUUCUGCGUGUGAGAAACAUUUCUACAUUAACGCAUACAUUAAAAUGAGAACUCAAACCAGAAAUAUUUAAAAGGUGUCAUGAAUAAUUCCGGAAAGCAUUCUAAAUUUUUAAGCGCCGUUUGGCUGUUGAAAUUUUGUCGUUUAUAAAAUAUAUUGUCAUGCCUUUGACAGAAUAGCAAGAUAAAGAUAAUGCAGCUAAAACAAACAGAGCUAUCGUCGAUACGUUGCAAAUCGUGACUUACAUUUUUAGUUGGGAAUCGAGAGAUUUCAACGAGUUAGAAUGCCAGCAGUCUAGCGGGACGUGGCGAGAAAUAUACGUCUGCAGUGGCGAAUUUAAAGCCUGAAUAAAACAGCAUGAAAAAAGGUGUACGAUUGAAAAUAACAUUUGCAGUGGAACCAAAUAACAUUUUCAAUUACGAUGGCAUUUUCUAUUUUAUCGCUGACAGACGAACAUUCCAAGCACAAAUAGUCGUAAAUUCGCAGAACGAUUUAAGAACCCGUCAAUAGUCGUCGCUCUUAACGGUCCCCCCAAGAAACCGGUUGCCUAUAAAUCCGCCACUGUGCACGUCCUGCUGAUUAUUCAAACGCACAGAUCGAAGUAUUUGCUUUUUUUCUUUCCCAUUUUAUGAACGGAUGUCGCGAACAAACGCGAAGUGUCGUUCGGACAGUCUCAACGAGACGGAGAAGUAUUUUCUACAGGGGGAACAGCUGAAAAAGGCGCAAAUAGCUUAGAAUCCGGUCGAUGUUUCGAAUCUACCCUUAGGAAUCGUACUUAGAUGUUUACUCAACUAACAUUUAUCCCUGUCCUUGAAUAUCGGAUAUAUAUUUAUCCCUAUCCUCAUCUCCAAACAAGAAAAAAAAACUUUACACACUGUCCGUGUGCAUAUUGUACUCGUAAUGUAAAUCGUACUGUGGCGUUGCGAGUGCAACAAGAUAUUUUAAAGCAUAGGAGGAUUAUUAUACUGUAAAUGAUACAUAUCAAAGAAGAAGUUUUGCUUCUCACUAGCUUAUAUAUUCCAAAGAUAUAGCGUUAUAUAUAAAUAUACACAUAUACGAUAUACCAAAGGAAAAGAGGAAGAGACACUUUAACUCUUAGUGGAAAAUAUAUAGGUGUGCGUAUUGUUCGUAAAAAAAAAAAAAAACAAGAAAAUUCUGAAUGAACAUUAAAAGAAAGAAGUUAUUAAAAAUCGCGGAAAUCGCUCUGUUAAGUAUUAAUCGCGGAAAUCGCUCUACCGAGUAAUAAAUAUCGUGGAAAUCGCUCCAUUAAUUGUACUAACGUUAUAAUGAAAUCGUAAUACUAAAUAUGCAAUAUAUAUAUACAUAUAUAUUGUCUGUGGCUACCGUUAUGUGAAAUAUUACUCUGUGGAAAUUCGUUAUAAUAUUAAUCGUUACUGACGUCGGAGAAAGCGCAAUGUUAAAUCGAUUGCACGAUGUCUUAAAAGUAAUCGUGGGAGGCACAGCGUUUUUUGAACUCACGUUACGCAUACAACAACAACAGCAACAGUAAACAAUAACAAACAGCAACAACAGAAAUGUUCUAAUCUCACAGUAUGCGUAGAGUACCUAUCAUCUGUCUUAUUAAAAGGAAAAACUCUCAGCAAACCGUCGCUUUUUACGGCAUUGGUGCUAUAAUCGCCGAGAGAAUCCCUUAUGUGAAAGUAUAUUACAAUUAAUUCUC